AUGGCGCCCCUUUGCGGCUACGAUUGGCCCAUGGUCGGCCCCCCCAAAGCGCCAGCCUCUUCUUCCUUCUUUCUCACCCCUUCUGACAUCGCCUUCCAUUCCUUUUCCUAUUUCUGCUCUCGUGCCAUUAUCACCGAUAAACCCCCCUCCGUCGGCGAUAUCAACAUUGUAAACAUGGGGUUGUCAACCCGUCUCCUCCGCAUCCCGCGGCCAGAGACAUUCCUCUAUGUGAUGAGCCUGCGCACCGGCGCUGCUCUGAUCACUCUAUCUCUACUCCUCAACAAAAUCAGCGGCCUCUACGGUCUCCUGGCCCUGCUGACCGGCUAUCACCUCUCCCCCGUUCAACUGUCCAUGUACAUCUACUCCCUAAUCGCCCUCGGCCUUGCGACGACACUUUUCCCUCACAUCCGGAAACAAUCCCCCCUACAAUGCCUCGCCCUCGCCUAUCUCUACGUGUUCGACAGCCUCAUCAACGCUGCCUACACCGCAGCUUUCGGCGUGACGUGGUUCCUGGUCGUCUCCCAGCACUAUGAGAACGGCACCGUGUCGGGACCUGGUAGCGAGACGAUCGCUCAAACUGCCGGCUUCACCAGCCCCAAAUAUGGCGAUUCAUCCACCGAGUCCACCGAAUCCACAGGUGCCAGCCACUACGCCAGGAGUUCCGAGGGCUUGAGCAACGCCGUGACUCAACCGGAAAGCUUCCAGAGUAUCGUCUUCAUUUGCACCCUCUGGGUCGUCCGUGCCUACUUCGUGUUCGUGAUGCUCGCGUUCGCUCGCCAAGCUCUGCGCAUCUACAUCGCCGUGCCUCGCCACACGCAACUGCCCACCCACAGCCGCAACACGUCCAACGCCAGUGUGGCUAGCGUGGCUGACAUCGAUCGGGAACCGUUUUCGCCGUUCAGCCCCGAAGGUCAGGGCUGGCAAGGCAAGCUUGGUCGUGCCAUGAUUAGCGUGGGCCGGAACUACUGGUUGGGCGAAGAUGAGGAGGGUACUAGCUGGGUGAACAACAUCGGACGUCGGUUCCGCACCCGCCUCGAGAACACCGAGCUCCCCGGACCUCUGGAGCGUGAGAGAAGACGUCGCUCUGGUACCGGCCCCCCGCAGCCCUCCCAAUCUGCCGUCCAGGCCGCCGCCUUGCAGCAACCGAUCUACGAACAAGCCCCGCCGGGAAUGAACGUCAAGAUGCAAGACUGGACCGAGCCCCGGUGA